GUGUUCUCUGCCAUCCAGCGGCCCGUGGCGCCCUGACCCCGACCCUCAACCCCCAGACUCGACCUGUAUUGGCAGCCCCCCAGCCUCGUACCAGUGUCGGAUGCGAGAGCCUGUGAUUAAGUGACUAAUAAACAUACCAAAAGAAUAUGGCUGCACAAAUACCAGAAUCUGAUCAGAUAAAACAGUUUAGGGAAUUCCUUGGAACCUACAAUAAACUUACAGAAACCUGCUUUUUGGACUGUGUAAAAGACUUCACAACAAGAGAAGUAAAACCUGAAGAGAUCACCUGUUCAGAACAUUGCUUACAGAAAUAUUUGAAAAUGACACAAAGAAUAUCCAUGAGAUUUCAGGAAUAUCAUAUUCAGCAGAAUGAAGCCCUGGCAGCCAAAGCAGGACUCCUUGGUCAACCACGAUAGAGAAAUCCUGAUGGAUGGACUUUCAACGAAAGAUUGCCAACAGCUGUUGCACUGGAAAUGAGGAUUCAUAUGAUGGAAUCCCCUGAAAACAGUAGGCACCAUGUUAAACUGUCUGUCAUGACUGUUUGGCAAUGGAAACCAAUGAAGAAACAACAUUGCUGUUCACCAAGAAUAAUCAAAAUAGAAGAUCUUAUUGUUCAGAGAAAAUAAUAAGAUAUAUUUGUUGAGGCCUUAAGAUUCAGCAGCUUGGUCACUUGAUUAGAAAAAUAAACCAUUGUUUCUUCCAUUGUGACUGUUAAUUUUAAAGCAAAAUAUGUGUCAAAUCAUGUAUGAGAUAGAAAAAAAUUUUAUUACUAAAAGUGAAAUAAAUGGAAA